UGAGCCUGGGGCCUGGGCGCGCACGUGGACUAGGCUUCGGGGUUCGCGGCUGCGGCCAUCCCGCCGGGAGCCGGGCGGGACCAGGCGCCAUGGGGAAGCUGCGCCGGCGCUACAACGUCAAGGGGCGCCUGCAGGCGACCCCCGGGCCCUCGAAGCGCCCCGCGGAGCCGCCCCCCGUGCGGCUGGAGCUGGAGGAUAAAGACGCUUUGAAAGGCAUCGAUGCAAGCAAUGCACUGGUUUUGCCUGGGAAGAAGAAAAAGAAGCCCAAAGCCCCUCCCCCAUCGAAAAAGGAGAAGAAGCCUCUGACCAAGAAAGAGCGUAAAAUGCUGCAGAAAAUCUUAGACCAGAAGGAGAAAAAGAGCCAGCGAGCAGAGAUGCUACAGAAAUUGAGCGAAGUCCAGGUUUCUGAAGCCGAGAUGAGACUGUUUUACACCACGUCCAAGCUUGGCACUGGGGACCGCAUGUACCACACCCGAGAGAAGUCUGACAAGAUCGAAGCCCAGAGGCAGGAGAAGAUCAGCAGCCUCAGCGGGGCCCACCGGAAGCGCUAUCGCCAGGAGACAGAAGAGGAGGAGUCUGAGCCCUCAAUGGAGUCUGAACCCGAGGAGGCUCCUGCCACUGAGCCCACAGAGGCUGGAGCACGGACACUGCCACCUGCACCAGAGGCCAGGACUGAUAGCCCAGGACCCAGUAGCCAACCCUCUCUGGCCGGGACUACUUCAGCACCACCAGCAGCAGCCUCCACCCCAGCCAGGCCCCCAGUGAAGCCUGCUGUCUUCAUCCCUGUGAACCGCACCCCUGAGAUGCAGGAAGAACGGCUAAAGCUCCCAAUUCUCGCUGAAGAACAAGUGAUCAUGGAGGCGGUGGCCGAGCACCCCAUCGUCAUUGUGUGUGGUGAGACUGGCAGUGGGAAGACCACACAGGUGCCGCAGUUUCUCUACGAAGCAGGCUACAGCAGUGACAACAGCAUCAUCGGCAUCACAGAGCCCCGGCGAGUCGCUGCUGUGGCCAUGUCCCAGCGAGUGGCCAAGGAGAUGAAUCUGUCACAGCGGGUCGUCUCCUAUCAGAUCCGAUACGAAGGAAACGUGACUGAAGAGACCAGAAUCAAGUUCAUGACGGAUGGUGUAUUGCUGAAAGAAAUCCAGAAGGAUUUCCUGCUGCUUAGAUACAAGGUGGUGCUCAUCGACGAAGCCCACGAGAGGAGCGUGUACACAGAUAUCCUCAUUGGCCUCCUGUCCCGCAUCGUGUCUCUCCGGGCAAAGAGGCACCUGCCGUUGAAGCUGCUCAUCAUGUCGGCCACGCUGCGGGUGGAGGAUUUCACGCAGAACCAGCGGCUCUUCCCCCAGCCGCCCCCAGUCAUCAAGGUGGAGUCCAGGCAGUUCCCAGUGACAGUGCACUUCAACAAGCGGACCCCACUAGAAGACUACAGUGGCGAGUGCUUCCGGAAGGUCUGCAAGAUCCACCGCAUGUUGCCAGCAGGAGGCAUCCUGGUGUUCCUGACGGGGCAGGCAGAGGUGCAUGCACUGUGCCGCAGGCUGAGGAGAGCCUUCCCGCACACCAGAUGCAGGCCCCCAGAAAAAGAAGAUCAAGAAGAUUCAGUAGAGGAGAUGCGCAAGUUUAAGAAAUCCAGGACAAGGGUGAAGAAGGCCCAGGCAGCGAUGUUGCCUCAGAUCAAUUUGGACAGCUACUCGGUGUUGCCAGCAGGCGAAGGCGACGAGGAUAGGGAAGCAGAGAUGGAUGAGGAAGAAGAGGCGGCUCUGGGCUCCGACCUUGACCUAGACUUGGGGGAUGACGGAACAGAUGGAGGUGAGAAGCCAGAUGCCUCGCUCCCCCUCCAUGUGCUCCCGCUCUACUCUUUGCUGGCCCCAGAGAAGCAAGCGCAGGUCUUCCAACCUCCCCCAGAGGGUACACGGCUGUGUGUUGUAGCCACCAAUGUGGCCGAGACGUCCCUCACCAUCCCGGGCAUCAAAUACGUGGUGGACUGUGGGAAGGUCAAGAAGCGGCACUAUGAUCGUGUCACUGGCGUCUCCUCCUUCCGAGUCACCUGGGUGUCACAGGCCUCAGCUGAUCAGCGGGCGGGCCGAGCAGGCCGGACAGAGCCAGGCCACUGCUACAGGCUCUAUUCAUCUGCGGUUUUCAGUGACUUUGAGCAGUUUCCUCCUCCUGAAAUCACCAGGCGGCCAGUCGAAGACUUGAUCCUUCAAAUGAAAGCACUCAACAUUGAAAAGGUCAUCAACUUUCCUUUUCCAACCCCUCCGUCUGUGGAGGCCCUCAUCGCCGCUGAGGAGCUGUUGAUUGCGCUGGGUGCCCUGCAGGCGCCCCAGAAAACAGAAAGCGUGAAGCAGCUGCAGAGGUCCUGGCUGGGCUGCCCCAUCACUGCACUGGGCAGGACCAUGGCCACGUUCCCCGUGGCGCCCCGCUACGCCAAGAUGCUGGCACUGAGCAGGCAACACGGCUGCCUGCCCUACGCCAUCACCAUUGUGGCUGCCAUGACAGUCCGGGAGCUGUUCGAGGAGCUGGACAGACCUGCCGCCAGUGAUGAGGAGCUGGGCCGGCUAAAGGACAAGCGGGCCCGGGUGGCCCAGAUGAAGAGGAUCUGGGCAGGGCAAGGUGCCUCUCUCAAACUCGGAGACAUCAUGGUGCUGCUGGGUGCCGUGGGAGCCUGUGAGUACUCUGGCCGCUCACCCCAGUUCUGUGAGGCCAACGGGCUUCGGUACAAGGCCAUGAUGGAGAUCCGGCGCCUGCGGGGCCAGCUGACCACUGCAGUCAAUACCGUGUGCCCUGAGGCUGGGCUCUUCAUGGACCCCAAGAUGCAGCCGCCUUCCGAGAGCCAGGUGACCUACCUGCGGCAGAUUGUGGCGGCCGGCCUGGGUGACCACCUGGCCCGCAGGGUCCAGAGUGAGGACCUGUUGGACGACAAGUGGAAGAAUGCCUACAAGACCCCUCUCCUUGAUGACCCCGUCUUCAUCCACCCCAGUUCUGUCCUUUUCAAAGAGCUCCCAGAGUUUGUGGUCUACCAGGAGAUCAUGGAGACCACCAAGAUGUACAUGAAAGGCGUUUCGGCUGUGGAGGUCCAGUGGAUCCCAGUCCUGCUGCCUUCCUACUGCCAGUUUGACAAGCCCCUGGAGGAGCCACCCCCUGUCUACUGCCCAGAGAAGGGGCGGGUGCUGUGUCACCGGGCCAGUGUGUUCUAUCGUGUUGGCUGGCCGCUCCCUGCAGUCCAGGUGGAAUUUCCAGAGGGUAUUGACUGUUACAAGCACUUUGCCCGGUUUCUGCUGGAAGGGCAGGUUUUCCAGAAGCUGGCCUCCUACCGGGGCUGUUUACUGUCCAGCCCUAGCACGAUGCUGAAGACAUGGGCCAGGCUGCAGCCCAGGACAGAGAGUCUUCUGAAAGCCCUUGUGGCUGAGCAAGCCAACUGCCGAGAGGCCUUACUGGCUGCUUGGACAAAGAAUCCCAAAUACCUGCUUGCUGAGUAUUGCCAGUGGCUCCCAGAGGCCAUGCACGCCAACGUUGAGAAAGCCUGGCCCCCCAACCUCUGACCACUGACCUGAGGCCUGGCUGCGAGGCCAGGGACUGGUCUGGGGACCAAGGGGGCUGGUGGUGGCCAGUUUCCAGCAUGGUCACCCUGGUGUGUGGACUGCUCCUGGGAGGCAGGUCAAGCCUCUGGAAACCCUCAUUCAUCUUAGAUACAAGACAUCUGGACAUUUUAUAACUAUUUAUUAUUUGGUGGAGAAUGGUUUUAUCUCACAUGCCACUCUGGGGACUACAUUAGUCCCUGAGAGUUAGCAGGGCUGGGGGCACAGCCGUGGUGAGCAGGAGGGUGACCUCAUUCUUUCCUAUGUGUCCCCUUCCCAGCAAGGGUGGUGCUCCCUUUCCAAGCAUGUCACUGUAAUAAAUCUGAGCUGUGAGAACAA